AUGUCGCUCCUGAUCUGCACCGGCCUUGCCGUUGCGCUCGUCUCGCCGGCGCCUGCCCUCCACAGCGGCGCCGCACCCGUCUCGCCGGCGCCUGCCCUCCACAGCGGCGCCGCACCCGCCGUGCAAUCAACGGCGCCGCUCAUGCCCUUGCUCUCGCCCAACGAGGCGCGCGGGCAGCUCGCCCUCCUCGAGGAGGAUGUGCAGCGCGCAGGCCGCAGGGCGGCGCGCCUCUCCAAGGCUCUCACUCUCAACCGGCGCGCGAGGGCCGAGGCGAAGCGCGAGGAGGAGGAGCAGGUGAUCCGGCGCGUGCUCAACCAGACCGAAGCCAUCGCCACCCGCCUCGACGAGACGAGCGCGCGCGGCGCCGCCUCCAUGCGCCGUGCGCGAGCCUACCGUGCGACGUUGCGGCGGAGGCUCCGGUCCGCCGUCGAGAGCGAGCGGUCGCAGGAGAGCCGCGCCGAGACGACCGCGGCUGAGUUCGAGGCGGCGCAGGCGAAGCUGCGAGCGACGGAGGCGAAGCUCGAGCGGGCGACGGCACGCGCGGAGCAGACCGAGGCGCUCAACCGCGAGCUCGAGGCGCAGUCCAAGACGAGCAGCCAGGCGGGCUCCAUCCGCAUCGACUAUCUGCGCCACGAGCUCCUCUCGGCGCGGCGCGCAGCGCGCGAGGCUCGAAACGAGCGCAAGGCUGCGGUCAGCAAGACUAAGGCGGAGGCGGAGGCGGCGGCGAGCGAGGCGUCGGAGCUGCUCUCGCGGCUGCGCAGCGCGGAGGAGCAGCUGGCGGUGCGCGAGUCGGACUACCGCUCCGAGCUGCGGGCGGCGAAC